UGCGGUUGCUGCACGGUGCAGCCCCCCAGGUGCUUCUCGCCCUCCUGCUGCAGGGACGCGGGCGGGAGGGCGCCGGGUGCCGGUGCGGGGUGACGUGCUCCCCCUGGCCCAGGCUCUGCCGCUGCGGCUGGCGAGAGCCGCAGCCGUGAGCCCCCCCGGUGCCCGGCUCUGCGCGGAGCUGCCCCGGCCCCUUCCCGGAGGGGGUUUGCAGAGCGGGCGCAGAGCUGCUCCUUGCAGCGCUGUGAGUGCACAGACGGAUGGAUGGAUGGAUGGACAGAGGGACGGACGGACAGAGGGAUGGAGCAGGCGAGUGCAGCAGCGGACGGCCAGCGCGGUGGUGGCUGGGACACCUGGGGACGUUCCUGCGGCAGCGGCCGGAGCAGCGUGGAUGCAAGGCGAGACGGCUGUCGGCACGUGGCCGAGCGGCGGGAGAGGAGCCGGAGUGGCGGGAGAGGAGCCGGAGCGGCGGGGCAACUCCGGGAGCCAGAUGCGCGCGGAGAUGGGCCCGGCCUUGGCCCCGCGCCCGCCUGCCCUAAGUGACGGCUCUUAUCUCCGCGCUGACAAGCCGGCAUCCUUCAGCGCGCGCAUUUAAGGCCGCGCGCCGGCGGGGCUGCGGCAGAGGAGCGCUUGGCGCAGAGGCACCGGGGCCGCGAACCGGAGCUGCUGCCGCAGGAGGAACAUGCUGCCCGCCACCUUCAAGCUGUGCGCCGCCAUCUCCUACCGGCACCUGCGCAACAUGACCGGUCUGAGGAGACAAGCCGCCGUCGCCAUCAGCCAGGAGCUGAGCAAGCUCGCCUGCCGCGGCCCGGGCCCCAGCACGUGGAUUAACCAAGUUCGCAGAAGGAGCUCCUUGCUCAGCUCCCGUCUGGAGGAGAAGCCCUUCAGCGAGAUGGAAAUGUCUUAUAUCAAGCAAGGAGAAGAAGCCCUUCAGAAAUCGCUCAGCAUCCUUGGCGACCAGGACGGCUGGAAGACGGAGACGGUGGUGGAUAAUGGAGACAAAGUGCUGAGCAAGGUGCUCCCAGACGUGGGGAAGGUGUUUCGCCUCGAGGUGGUGGUGGACCAGCCCCUGGACACAGUGUACAGUGAGCUGGUGGACAAGAUGGAGCAGAUGGGAGACUGGAACCCCAACAUCCAAGAAAUCAAGAUUCUCCAGAAGAUUGGAAAGGACACGGUGAUCACCCAUGAGAAAGCAGCUGCUACCCCAGGUAACAUUGUGGGACCACGGGACUUCGUCAGUGUCCGGUGUUCCAAGAGACGUGGUUCUACCUGCGUCCUGGCUGGGAUGUCUACAAAAUAUGGAGCUAUGCCAGAACAAAAAGGAUGUAUAAGAGCUGAGAGCGGUCCCACUUGUAUGAUCCUGCGUCCACUGCCUGGAAAUCCUUCACAAACCAAGUUAACAUGGCUUCUGAGUAUUGAUCUAAAGGGAUGGCUGCCGAAGACAAUAAUCAACCAGGUACUCUCCCAGACACAAGUAGACUUUGCCAAUCAUCUUCGUGAGCGCCUGGCCCAGAGCGUCAUGAACUGCUGAGCAACAUUUCCAGCAUGCAGUGUUUUAAUGGUUUGUUCAGUGGUAAAAUAGGGUAAAGUCAGACACAAAUUGUUAACAAUCAAGACCCUUGGAAUUCCAGCCUGUUUUCACAGGGUGUACAGUGAGGGGGAGGUCUCAAGAGCCUGCACAUGCUCAGUGCACAAACGCAGGACUUAACCUAAAUUUUUUAUUCCCCUCCCCACAAGUAGAGCUGCUCUAACUUAUUUUCCUGUACAGACUUGCAUAAUUGUAUUUAAUAUUUAUUCAAGCUCUCAAUGGUGAUCAUUGACAAGUUUUACUUUAAGCAAUGGGCAGGAGACCAUCCUGUAUAUGGUUAGCAAAGGGGAGAUUUUAAACACUAAAGAUUUGAGUUAGUGGCUACUGCUUUUCCUGAAGUGUAGUUCAUAACCUGUAACCAAAGUCACAAAAUGUAUCAGGUUUUAAAAUAAAGCCUUUCUUUAACAUGAAACUGGAAACCAGUUUAAUAAAAAAAAAAAAAAUACAGUUCUGGGCUUCUGCCCAAACCUCAGUCUUACAUGCAGUAGUCUUGCUACAACACAGUCCUCCUCGAGGGAAGCUGUUUACAAUUAGCCAAGCAGAAGUGUCAGUGUUGCUUCUGCAAGUGUAACUAAAGCAGGUGGGUCCAGCUGCAGCCUGCUCUCACUGAACAAAUGACUUUUACAACCCAGGCACACCAUGAGAAGUUAUCUCAACACAAACAGUUGCUUCUUCAGUAACUUACAGCGAGCUGUAAGACUCCAAGGGAUGCCCACAAAUAGCACAAUACAUACUAGAACUGCAUUCACUUGGCCCCCAGCAUAGUGGUAGAACAUGAAUCUUCAGCAGGGGAUACAUAAACAUGACACCUCAGAGUGCACUAAACACCUGCUAUCAAGAGGAGCUGCAUUGGCUUCAUCAUAUUUUUCUUAAACAAUCUGUCAAAGUGAUGCACAUUCCUCUAGAAUAAAAACCACUUGAUCUGA